AUGUACGCUGUUGUAUUGUAUCGUUGUAAAAGAGGUUCAGCUGUCCAAUUUAAUUCUGUCAAAUAUGCUGCCUACCGAACAGCGUGCAAGCUUCGGAGACUACAGACACGACUCAAGUUGCACGAGGUGUCACUUCAGUGUGUGGCCUCGACAUUCGACAGCUGUGGCUUCCGAGUGGCUGAAAACAAUGACUUGAUAGAAGUAAAGCAAGUAGAACAUGUUAUUCAACAGAUUCUUCGGACCACGUACAAAAAUCGCCAUGUUCAUAUAACCCUUGCCACACAGCUUACACUGAAUCUCCUCCUAAAUGUACUUGACAAAAGCCGAAGCGGGAUGCUGCAGGUUUUGGGGUGUAAGGUGUUAAUGGUGGUGAUGUGUGCAGGGCGCUUGCAGGAGAAGUAUCGUUACCUUUUCACGCAGGUCGCUGAUCAUAACAACUGUUGUACAAGGAGAAGAUUGGCCGCCAUCCUCAGAGAUUUAGCACGCAUCCCAGAAUUACUCUCAGAACAGCCAUCCUUUGGCAUGUCUUUAGUAUCAGCUGCAGUUGAGAGCUGUUUUAAGGUUGAGGGUGAGGUCGGGGUCACGGAAGAAGUGCUGUUGGCCUGGCUCCUGCAGGAACCCCAGACGCUCGUGUGGUGGACGACUCUCUACAGACUUACUGCUGCAGAGCUUGUAUGUCACGACGUGAAGUGUGGAGUGUGUAAACAGCGACCAAUAAUCGGGCUUCGGUAUCAGUGUUUGCGGUGCAUAGGCUACAACCUGUGUCAGGACUGUUUCCUUCAUGCCAGAACUUCACGCAGACAUAAACUGACCCACCCUAUUCAGGAGUACUGUCAUGAGACAACCGGGAAAGAAUGGCGGCGGGCUCUGUUGAAGAUGGUGCGGAACAGAUUUGGGGGAAGACAAGGGUACAACAAGCAACGAUACUUAGCCAUUGCCUCUAGUCCUGAGUCUGGGUGUGACUUGACCAGUCUACUGUGUGAAGCAGGUGGUGUUCAGCCAUGGUGUGGGAACAGUGAAGACGAGACGGAAGAUGAAGAGGAACUCAUGUCUCGCACGAUCCUCCAUCCUUCGGAGGACAACGACUCUAAUCACUCGGGAGACGGAAAUAGUGGUGACAGCGGCAGAGGAAGCCGAGGAAAUGGAUCUCCGGCCGAACCCACUAUAAUGCCGACCACUCCACGGCAGCAGAUACACUCGGUGAUCAUGCACCUAGAGGAAGGACACAGGCAAUUAGAAGAGGAUGCAAAUGGUGACAUGCAGAAGAACGUGGAAGAGCACACCCAGCAGUUGCAAACGCAGAUCAACAGACUCAAGGCAAUCCUGCAGAGCUAUACUUCAGCAAAAGCAGCGCCACAGAUCAAGCCCGGAGGAGCGAGGGCAAGUGUGAGAGGUCUUCCCCGACUGGAGAGCACACCCAUAGUGGGGGAACGAGGCCUGCUCCUCAACCUGUCUCCCAUUGUCAAGCAACCCAGUGCUGACGACACUGCAGUGUUAGACAACAAGGAGAACCACCUGGUGGAGAACCCUGAUGGGACUCCUGUCAAAGAGAGCAGAAGUAUACAGCCUAUGAGGAUGCCUUUCACUCCGAGGCUAAAUGGAGUCCCUCAGCAUGGCACUCCGAAUGGCAACACCCAAGAAACUCAAGACAUUGCUGCAUCAAGAUCUGUCCCACCACCAACGCGACUUCCAAGCUUCACUGAGGUUAAUUUCAGUGACCUGACUUCGCUGACUUCUGCCCCAUCAUCCGUGGCCACGUCACCAAGGGUCGAGGAAAGGGCGGCCAAUGGGGUCUUUGGGGAUGACGUAGCACCUGACGUCAGAGAAGAACUGGAGAACAUACUGCACCAGUUGGAUCAGAUCUUUCCACUCUGCAAAUCUGAGAGCACAAAAGCAGCAGAACCAGAUGGCGCCGGUGUGGUAGAAGCCGCAUGUGAGCUUGGUGACGUUCUGGCUGAGUAUGUGAACACUGUCCCAAGCUCAACUGCGUGUGUAUAGAAGGAAGUAGGCGAAACAGUGUGUGAUGAGCAGCGGAAAACUUUAUUAUUUCAUCAAGUAUAUUCCCACA